UCCAGUCAGGCCAAUCUCCAGCGAACCCGACUUCAAUGCGCGUCGAGACUCUGCUGCGUUCGGUCGCCCAGUGCGCUUUCAGAUUCAGAUACGAACGUAACCGUGAGAUACUUUCUGCGCAGCGCGAGUGGCUUAGCAUAAACGAGUGUGAAAUAAAUAAAAAUAAUUCUAUGAUAUAGACUUUUGGAACUUAAUUAUUAGUUAUUAGUUGGACUAUGCAAAAGUGAUUCAAAAGAAAGUAAAAAACAAACUACUGAGAAGUGUAAUUAUCAAAAAAAAGUUUAAAAAAGAAACUGCUUAAAAAAAUAAAAGUGAAAUGGCCACCUCAGCUAUGCAAUCUGCGGCAUCAUCCGCCCCCGGUUCCGUAUCCGCCAAUAAUCCCCAACUUAAACGCGUCGUCUACUCCAAGUACCGCGAACUCCUCGGAUCGUAUAAUGAUAAGGCCAAUGCCAUUAUCGACACCCUGCCCGCCUAUAUGGUGCACAAGGAUCGGGGCUUCCAGCUGCCGGAGCUACAUCCUGUGACGAACGGGGAUGCCAAGAACUGCCUGGAGUCGUCAUACGGACAGCGCGGAGGAGGAGGAGCCGGAAAUGGAGGCUACGAGGCCCCCGCCUGCGUCCAGAACGCGAUGAUGACAAAAGACAAGAAGCCGUUCACCUACACACCCGGCGGCAUUGAUCUCUCCCAGAUCCGGUCCGAGCGGAUGGCCAAGCGCCUGGCCCGCAACGCCCAGUCGGAGGGGGCGACCGGCGCCUCCCAACAGAACAGACCCGCCCAGCCGCAGUCGCCGGGCGGAGGGGCGGCCAGCGCGAUGGGUGCCGCCGCCAUGGGCAUGCCCUUCCAGGUGCUGCCCCCGCCGCCGCCGCCACAGCCUCUGGGACAGACGGGUAAGAACGGUACGUCCGCCGCUGCAGCGGCUGCACCCCCACCACCACCCCCCCAACAACCCAGCACACUAGCGCCGCCCACAGGGCGUCUAAGUGCACCCGGUUCUCCGGCGACGGCCCGCAAGUCGCCAACUCCACAGCGCUUCGAGCCGCCGCCACUCGGCUUCCGGCCGGAGAUCAAAAUUCCACCCAAUCCGAUGGCAGCACUGCGCAAAGUUCCGCCUCCGGUGGAGAAGAACACAUUCUGGAAGGACGAGUACUGCAAAGACCGCUCCAAGAGCCCCCUGCCCGAGGUGACAGCUGCCCCCACUGAGGGGUACACCAAUGGGAACAGCAACAGCAAUGGCAAUGGCAAUGGCAAUAGCAGCAGCAACAGCCCCUCAGAUGUUGUUGAUGCUCCCCGGUCAGCACCAGCUCCCAGUGUGGAAAGUAACAAUGGCAAUAGUUAUAUUCCAUAUACACCCACUACGCAGCAACAGCCGCCGGUGGCUUCUCCCAAGACACCACCAAUGCCGCAGCAACAGCCUACGCCACCAGCAACACCACCACAGCAGGAGCAGCAACAGCAACCGACACAAACUCAGCCGCAGCAGGUAACACCACAGCAGGAGCAGGAACCACAACAGCUGCCAUCACAGUUCCGUAGUGUAGCUAUGCCAACUUCGCCGGCUGUGAAUGUCUACACUCGGCAAACGGAGAGCCCUCGAUCGCCUUUCGAGCAGCAGCAGCGAUCCACAGAAAGUCCCUUCCGGUACGCCCAACAGCAACAGUCGCCACAGCAACGUCCACCAGCAGCCAUAUCGCCACUGGCUCAGGUGCCACAGCAGCAACAGUCGCCGCAGCAACGUCCACCAGCAGCCAUAUCGCCACUGGCUCAGGUGCCACAGCAGCAACAGUCACCGCAGCAACGUCCACCAGCAGCCAUAUCACCACUGGCUCAGGUGCCACAACAGCAGCAGCAGCAGCAGUCACAGCAACAGGCUGCCCAGUCUGUGCCCUGGAGAACACAACGCCAGCCUGGCCCACAGCAACAGCAGCAGCAAUUGCAAUCGCAUCCCCAGCCUAUCUACAACAAUGUUCAGCAGCAACAGCAACAGAGAUCUCGCGAUGUUUUCAGCCCAGCUAGGACUGAAACCGGAGCAACUAGUUUCCAACAACAGCAGCAACAGCAGAACUUUGGCCCUCAAACUCAAAACCAAUAUGCGGCAGCAGCAAAGCCAACCAAUGUUGGCUCGCUCUACAUCGCUCCGUUGGCCCAACCCACAGAGCCGCAGGCUCAACGAAUUCUGUUGCAGCAACAGCAGCAGCAGGCAGGUGCCCGUGAUUCGCCAAUGCGUCAGUUGCCACAGCAGCAGCAGUCACAGCAGCCGCAAGGCAACCAGAAUCUGAGGUGGCUCACCUCUCAGCCGGCCAGCAAGGAGCAGGCACCCUGGGCCCUGGGUCGUCCCGAGGAGAACGGCAACGUGCUGCCCUCCACUCUUAGACAGACCACGCCGCAGCCCCAGAGCCAGACCUCGUUCUACCAGCUGCCGCAGUUGCAGCCACAGACAGGAAAUGGCUAUGGACCAUCUCCGGUGGCAGCUGCUCCCAUCAUCAGUCAGCACAAUUUCGGAUCGAAUCCUCAGCCAGGAGGAUUGCGUUUGCAGAUCAAUCUGAACACCAAUGGCAGCAGCAGCAACAACAAUGCCAAUCCAAGCGCACCAAGGGAACGUAUCAUACCCAUAACUCUGGAGCAGACACCCACCUAUGCCGCAGCCCAGCCCAAUUUUGGUGCGCCUGCAGGUCACAUAAUUCGCUCAGCUAAUCAAUUUGUCGAUCAAGGUUACAACAAUUAUGCAGCUCCCCCAGCGGGGCAGUGGCGGGAACCGAGUUCCCAGCGUGUCCUUUCGCCCAGCCAACCGCCGGUUAAUGCCAGCACCAACGGUACCGCAACCAGGAUAAUUCCGAUCGCAAUCGAGGGAGGACGCGGAGGUCCUGUCUCCCAGUCGCCUGUUCUGCUCCAAAAUGGCAAUUACAAUUUGUAUGUGCACCAGUGUCCGCUCGAGGCGGAGAUACUCUACAGAAAGAAUCGUCUCAGCGAUCCACGUUCACCGCCCAUCCAAUCGAAAUCGUUUAGAAUUUUGCAAAAGAUAACCGACACCGUGGACGAUGGAAGCGAUGGAGCGCCACAGCAUCAGCAGCAGCAGUCGCCGCAACAAACGCCCCAGGAGGCGGAGUUGCAGCGGCCACAGUUUGCCCGCCAGAUGAGCGCCCAACAGGCUAGGAAUAGUCCGACCAUCGAGCAGAUGAGGCGCCUCCAAAUCGCCCAGGAUCAGCAGCAGUAUCAGUCGGGUACGCCACUAGCUUGGUCCCCGCAAGGUAAUGGAGUCUCUGCCCAGAACCGAUUCACCCAACAACGUUAUGAUACACCCCAACAACAGCAAAAAUAUGUGCCGCCUAGUGAACAACAAGUUCCGGAACCCAAAAAGUACACAGGAAGCGCUAUACCCAGUCGAUCAUUUAAGAUUCUUCAAGCAAUGACAACACCUGAAAAUGCCGACCAUAAAAAUCACACCGAGCUGGACUCGGAUUUGGAAAAUGUUGAACUGAACGAAAACCCAAUUAAUAUAAAUAAUAAUAAUAAUAAUGAAAACAAAAAUAAUCAUAAUAAGAUUAACAAUAAAACCAACAAACGCCACAGUUACACCUCAGCCACCCCCACACCACCACCCACAACAUACAGUACAGACCCCGCCACCCACUCAUCCAACUCAUCCCUAAAUUCGGAUAGCUCUUGUGCCCCCCAGCCCCCUCGUUCUCAGUCGGUGCCACCGCACUAUCCCUAUGCCUUCGGUUACCCCUAUCCCUGGUACAUGCCUCCACCGCCGCCACCAAACGGUGAGGGUGCUGCGCCCUGGCCCUAUCCCUACCCCUAUCCUCCGCCCCCACCUCCACCUCACACGGUGGACGGAAAGCCAGCGGAGGGAUAUCCAUAUCCCUACUAUUAUCCUUAUUACCCGCCGCCACCCAUGCCGCCAUACGGCCAACAGGCGGGGGAAACCCAGUCCCCUGCAGCCUACCCCCCUUUCUAUGGUCAUCCUUAUCCCUAUCCUGUGGCGCCCAGCUACAGCCAGAGUUCCACGGAGGAGAGCAGGGCCAGCAGCAUAUUGCCCGACAUCAUCAUCACCCCCAGCACUGAUGACAUGCCCUCGCAGGUGAUCAUGCAACAUCAUAUACGCGUGGAGCCACGAGAGCCACCCAAGCGGGCUCACUCCGUGGAGAUAGAGGAGCUGGUCAGCCGGCCAAAGGCCAGAAAUAUCUGCACCAACAAUCAGCAGGUCAUCGAUGUGCUCAGCCAGAGGUUGGCUAACAUCAGUAAGAUCGCCGGAGGCAACACCCAGGCCAACCUCUCCAAGCAAUUGCAAAAGAACUAUGCCGGCGAACAUUCAAAGGAGCUGGGCGAGAGAUCCCCCAGCGAGAAUGCCUCGAAUUCCGAUAGCGAAUCUUCGGAUGAGAGCAGUGACGAGGAUGACGAAGUUACUCCGAAAAUGGGUGCCCGUCCGGCUCCCCUGCAAGCCAUCAAAUCGGUGACCAAUGUUCAGGUUUACAAAGGAAAGAGCCUGGAGCGGCACUUGGAUUCAGAAAGUAGUGAUGACGACGAGGACGUGACCACCGCGGAUGAGAUGUACGAUGAAGAGGAGCAGGUCGAGCUGGAACAGGAAGGCCUGGUGGAGGAAAUGGAAGAAGAUUACAUCGUGGAGGAGGAUCUGAGCGUUAUUUACGAAGAGGAGAGUGAGCUGGAACGCAGCAGCGAAUAUGCCAAGACAGUCGUCCGUAAUGACUCCCGAUCCACCAUUGUGGAUGAAAUUGAUAAGCAAAUCGAGGAGAACGAUGAUGACGAUGAGGAGUCAAACUCAGUAACCGUGCGCCUGCCUUUGCGUUUCUCAUUCAGCCGGAAUACUAACGAUGAGGACGUAGCCACAGUCCAAGUGGGCAGCACCACUCAGGUGGAGGAGAAGCGCCCCAGCAUUGCCAGUUCCUUCAGUGUCGCCAAAGUGGAAAGCGAAGACGAAGAUGAGGAUGACUGCGACGUCAGCGUAACCAUUAGUCUGUCCAACUCAUCCCGUUCCAAUUCGGUGGAAAAAGCAACCCAGCCAUACAAGACCUCCAGUGCCUAUCCCGUAGAGGAGAUGGCUGUUCCCAGGAAAACCAGUAUUGAAGAUGACACCAACUCAUUUUCCUUGGGAAUGCGGAACAAAUUCCUUGGUGACACAAUGUCCAGCGAUGUCACCAACAACAUAUCCCGAGUGGAAGGCAAACCGAAGAUCGAAGAAGUCAAGGAAGUGGCUAGCUCGCCAAAAGAAGAGUUCGAUUUCUUCGCCACAUUGAUGGCCACCAAGAUGCAGGCCCAAAAAAUGAUGGAACAGUCGAAAAACUUCUGGAAAACUCCAGAAGCGAAGCCAGCAGAUCAAACGGCUGAGGUCCCAAAACUACGAUCCAAAGAAAAUGCACUGGAAUCUAAGCCACCUAGACCCAAAUCGGCCGAUGUGUCCAAGACUCAAGCAUCGCUCGAGGCGGCCAAGAACAGCUUCUGGUCCACCUUUGCCACGGCUUCCCAAGAAGCAGAACCCUCAAAGGAACCUGAAGAAAAACCAGAGGAAGUGGAUUUCUGGGCAAGCAUAGAAAAAAAGGAAUCUAGCGACGUGCCUGACAAAAAGUGGACAAAAAAGAAGAAAACCGUCACAUACACGCCUUUAAAGAAAGAGACUGUGACUUCUGUGGAGCACUGGACCACCACGCUAAGAGCUCGAGUGGAUUCGUUGCCCAGCUUCCAAAGAGCUGAAGUACAUUUUAUAGUUGAAGAAAAGCCAGAGCAGCCCAAGAAGGACGAAGGUCAGGAAGAAGACGAAGAGGAGGACUUCUGGGCCUCAGUGGAGAAAGCUAAGGCUGUUAAGAGCAGUGAGAAAAUUUCAAAUACCAACUUGGAGAGUUCCACCUACAACCAAGAGCCCCAGAUGGAAACAGAGUCCACUAUGUGGAUUGAUCAGAGCAAAGAGGAUUAUUCCUCCCAACCUGCAGAAGAUGAAGUGGACUUUUGGGCGGACAUCCAGUCCUCUACCAGCAUUCAAGAAGAAGAAAAGCCCCAAAACAUGGAAUAUGAUCCCACGAAGUAUCCAGAAGAGCCCCGUGAAGUUGACACCGACGAAGAAAUCGAUUUUUGGGCCGAGAUCGAAGCCAAUAGAAAGCCUGGCGAAGACGAUGAUGAAGAUGUGACCUUUCACAAGUCCGCUACGUUCUGGGCCCGAAAGGAACGUCAGAACUCCGUCGAGGAGACACCCUACAAGCCAGUGGAAACCAAAGCAUUUAGAGCCAAGUUGCCGGAUGAGCCGGCAGUGGAGAUCGAUGUGUGGGCCACUCUGGAAGCAGCCAGAGGCGAGGAACCCGUAAUAGUCGAUCCAGUUAUAGAAGAAGAGAAUGUUCUUGCUGAGCAAUAUGAGGAUCUGGAACAUGAUGCUCCAGAAGAGGAUGAAGACAAAAACAAAGCAGAACAUAAUGCGAAACCCCAAGAACCAACGCCAGAGAGUAAUCUGAGUCAUGUAGACACUAUGUCCAUGGCUUCAAUGCACGAGCCAGCCACAGUCUACACUUGGUCUGCACCACCUCAGGAGGAACAGGAGGAAGAGGUUGACUUCUGGGCAGAUAUAGAAAAUGAGCGCGCGAAGAAGGAGCAGGUCGAGGAGGCGGAACAGAAGCGCCAAAACUAUCGUCAAGCCAUGGCCUUCUUCAACACCUCCAUCGAUGGCCAGCAAACUCCACCGCAGGCAAGUCCCCAGAAGGGUAAUCGCAGCAGUGUUAUCCUAGAAGCCGAAGAACCUCAGGACUUGGACCUGGGACCACCGGGUGAGUACGAGAUUGUUGGAGAAGACGGCGGUAUUGUAGAAGAGCACAAACCACAAAUCCCUGAAGUCGAAGAGGAGGAACGAGGAGCUCCCACGCCCACGCCCACCAACUCAGAACCCCAACUGCCCGAGGUCUAUGUGGAACCAGAACCAGAGGUUAAGCUCCUACCGAACGGAUUGCCCGAUCUUGGAGUUGAGAAGUUUAGCGCGGAAGCGCCAAAGAUCUCCGUGCGAGACAGAAUCAGUGCCUUUGAAGUGGUCCCCACCCAGGGAUCCAAGGCUCUGACCACACAGUCCCUGUCUGUGGACAGUGGUGUUGGCAAGGGAACACUCUCCCGCAACAGCAGCACCCAGCGGUCCGAGUCGGAGAUCGAGGAGGACGAUUCCGGGGUGACUGACAUGAAUCGUCACCUGUCCGAGACAGACACUGAGUCGGAGAGCUUUCCGGAGCUGCGCAAGAUGAGCAGCUACCAGCGAGCGGCCACACAUUCCAGGCUCUUCAAGCUGCUGAACGACGAGAACGACCUGCCAGAGGAUCCGGCAGCCACGCCUGCUGAUGAGUUCCAACUGAAGCCCAGUCGCCGAAAGAUCGUGCACAAUGUUUCCAUCACCAGGAAACAGAAUCCAAGUGCCCUAAGCGACGCGGAGUCCAUGAGCCAGCGCCGGGAGCGACUCUCCCUGCCCCUCCGCAAGAACACCAGCAUCGAUGCGGAUAAUCCGUCGACUCCGAACAGUCCUGCCUCGCCCAUUAUGGGGCCAUCGGCCAAGAACCAAAAGGUGGUGAGCGACAAGCUGGUCAACGAACUGGUCCAGAGUCUGCUCUUGAAGAGCGACAGCACGCAUCUUCGCAACCUGCCCAUGGAGAAGCUACAGGCAGCGGCCAAGCGAGCCCUGGCUGAGGAAAUGGACUCCGCGCAGAACAGCUCCCUGGACAGCACGCCGGCGCCAACGCCGAAGCACGACAAGGAGUACUCCGACUACUACAACAGUUGGUGCGAGGCGAGCGGGAGCGGGGACGAGGUGCUGCCCUCCAAGGCCUUCCGUAACCUGCAAGAUCCACGACGCAGCCCCUGGACGGUGCGUUGCCCCCGUGUGCUCAGCUCCAAGACAAUAAACAGGGACUUGGCCCGAGUCACGGAAUCACCAGAGAUUGCCAACGCCAGGGGCAGCAAGAGUCCGGAAUGCUUCCGGCAGAACUCACAGUCCCGGGAGCGAUCCGUGAGUAGUUGGCGUCGGGUCUAGGGAAUGGCAAGGACGUUGCCACUUGUAUAUAUCAGGGCGGGUCUGUAGUCUUAGCAGGGAUGUGAGACCGGUUCCGAUGCGAUUAGGGAUCCAAGAUCCCCCACCAAUUCGAACGAAGUGAAAAGCGAAUUCAAAGCGACGGAGGGGUAGGCCACUGGGGUUCUGUAUUCACAUCCCCUGUAAUCCCCUAAAAUAUAUGAUUUAAACCUAAAAGGUUAAUCUGGAGGAUAGUCCAUUUUCGAACCGGUUACCACUCCCGAAUUCUGGUAAUGGUAAUUUAGCGCCCUAGGCGAUCUUCUGCAUUUGGCCAAAAAAGUCACUGCCCAAGUAGAUGGGCAUCACCCAAAGCCAGUUCUGCAUUUCUUCUAUCACAAUCAUCUCAUAUCAUCCCAGCACACUCAUUAUGUACAUUAUGAAUACCAAAUACACUCAACACCUUAAUAAACUAAAUAUCUAAUUAAACAUGUAAAUAAACCAAUUGAAACCAAUGAAAAGAAAUCGUUCAUUCGUUCGUUCGUUUGUUACCUCAGUAAAGCGCAAACCAAGACCAAAAAUCAAAAUCAUUUUCUCAAAAACCAAACUACCACAUGAGUAUGUCGAAAUUUGUAAAACAUAACUCUCGAAAUCGAACCAAAUAACCAGCAUAUAAAACUGAAGAAAAAAUCUAUUAAAUCGCCACAAUAAACAACAAAAUAAAAGAAAAACCAAAAACAAUUUCAUCUCAACUCAAAGAUUUCGUAAAACUCGUUCAAAAUCCUAAG